UUGCACUUUCUACUGUAGUCAAUUUGUGUAAGAAACUUCCUUCUGAAUGUCCUGCACCUUUAAUGGAGGCAGUUCCAAUAUUGUGUAAACUUCUUCAGUAUGAGGAUCGCUUGUUGAAAAUGUAG